GGGUGGCUGGCUUCUCGGCUGUACGGAUCUUCCUGCACGAGGAGCUCUUCCACCGCCAUGGGAUGGCUUUUCUCCAAGAUGUGUCGAGGCUCCUGGAUGUCCUACAUCGGCAAGGAAUGUCGACAAUGAUCGUCCUAUUCGAUGCCUGCUGGCGACCAGAUGCUGGAGAGCCUGGUGAAGACCUUUUCCUGCCAGGGGUUCACAACAGCGCCUGGGUCCAAUGCCCAACCCACACAGUGCUCAGGGCUUUUGGUCUGGGAGAAGCCUGGGCGAGUGACCGGUUGCAGCACUACGUCACCGCUGUAGUCCGCCGCUUUGCAACCGAUCCGCGCGUGGCGAUUUGGGAUAUUUACAAUGAGCCUACAAUGCGACAGAGUGAGCACUUGAUUCUGCCCAGGCUGGCUGCUUUGAACGGCUGGCCUCCAGGGAAGCAUCCCGACCACUGGCUGCUAGAUGGAGUCAAGCUGAACAUAAUCCUGUCUCUGGUCAGACAGGCGUUCCAGUGGGCGAGGGAGGUCAGCCCUAUGCAGCCACUCACCACGGCUGUUUGGGAUUUCCCAAACAGCCAAGAUGAAGAGGAUGUGAAAGAGUACAAGGCAGUGCUCAACAACGAGCUUAUCGAACUCAGUGAUAUAAUCUCAAUCCACUGCUACUGCUCUCCUGACGAGCUCGAAAGAAACCUCGUGGAGCUUGCUGCCCAAGAAAGGGGGCCUGUGCUGGUCACCGAGUUCAUGGCGCGGCCUCAGAAUUCGACCCUGAUCAACAGCCUUCCUGUCCUGCGCCAGCAGGGCGCGUGGGGAUACACCUGGGGACUCUUCCAGGGCCGAUCCAACACCCAUGUGCCAUGGAACACAUGGUUGGAUACCGAGAUUGGCAAGGAAGACCCUUGGUUUCAUGAUGUGUUCCACUCCAAUGGCACCGCCUACAGCGCUGAGGAGCUGAAAGCAGUCUGGUGGGUGAGCAUUGGGAGCCAGCUGCGACUGUGA